AUGAAGAAUCAAGGUUAUGUUGGCCAUCACUCUUCAGGUAUAGAGCAAAAUCUAGCACCAAAUUCUUUUUGGGAGCAAAUGAAUUCUAAAGAGUUUUCAAUUAAAAAAGAAGAUUCAGAUCAACUACAUUUAAUACCAAGUCCUCCACAAAAUAAUUAUAGUUUUAAUAAUAACUCGAGGAAUAACUUUGAACCAAUAAAUAACAUGUCAAAUGUAUAUCAACCACACCAACCAUAUCAACAAGGUUAUUCACAAUACCAACAACAAACAAUUCAACAAAAUGUUCAAAUUCCACAAUCAUACCCAAACCACCUGAGCCAGGUUCACCAACAGAUUUCACAAUACCAAAUUUCACAAACAUCAAUUCAAGGUCCAGGUUCACCAACUUCACAUAGCAACAACAAUAACAAUAGUAGUAACCAUAACAACCAUAGUCAAUCAAACUCGCACCAACAAUCUUCACCAUCACAAUCAAACAAUCAAUUAAAUUAUAAUAAAUAUUUUAAUGGUAGUGGAAUUAAUACAAGCCUAAACAACUACAUGUCUGAAUCAAAUAGUUCACAACAAAAAUAUUGGAACCAACAAAGACUUAUUAAUCCAUCCAUACCAAAUCCUCUACUUUAUCUUGGCAAUAAUAAUAACAAUAAUAAUAAUAAUGACAAUGUAAAUUUUUCCUCUACCUAUAACUAUGAUAUUUCACCCAAUCAAAUAUCUGCAUCAAUGCCAAACACUGGACAAGUUGAAUAUUUAGAAUCAACAGCAAGUAAAAUUCCUCAGCUUUAUUGUCCAUCACAAUAUACCGCACCGGGAAUUCCAGUGGUUUCCCAAAUUACUGGUAACUCACCAUUUGUUGGUAUGAGAAUUGAUCUCUAUCAUAAACCAAGGGGAUCAAAAGGUACCUGGAUGCCAAUUUUAAAAGGUGAUCAUAUUCGUGUUACUGAAGGUAAAGGGAAAAGACUAAAAAUGAUUGUUUAUUGUGAAAAAGAAUUAUUAAAAGUUGGUUUACAAGUUGCCUUGUUAGAUCAAGAAAACCAAACUACAAAAAGAGGUCAACAAUCUGCUGCUUCUGCUGCAAUAAAUAGUAAUAGCAAUAGUGGAAAUAAUAAUAAUAAUAAUAAUAAUAAUAAUAAUAAUAGUAGUAAUAGUGGUUCGUCAUCUGUUGCCUCAACGUCACCAUCAGUUUCAUCAAACUCAAUUUCAAACGGAUCAUCUUCUUCCUCCUCACCAUCAUCUUCGACAAAUACAUCACCUACAUCUACAACAACUUUAAUUUCAAACUCACCAAACUCAUCUGUUUUCAAUUUUACGUCAUCUUCACAAGGAAGCCAACUAAUAAACACAACAAAUUUAUCAAUAAACAACGGUAAUAAUAACAAUAAUAACAAUAAUAAUAGUAAUGGAACCUCACCAAACUUUUCGUUAUCAUCACCAACCACUUCACCAAGCAACUCACCAUCACAAACCCCAUCACCAGUCGGCACUCCAAAUAUUUUCCCAUCAGCCGUACCACCAUCAUUUUCAAUUUCAAUCUCCGUCACACCCCCAUCUUCUCGUCCAUCACCUCAUAUUCCAAAAGAUGGUUCUCCCCCACCACCUUCGAGUGACCCACAAUGUUUAAGCGUAGAGUCUGUAAGAGUGUACAGAUAUUCUCAAUCUCAACAUCCAAUUUCGACAUUGGAAUUUGAAUUGAAGCUUGCAAAGAUCUCUAAACGUCUAUGCAUUGUAAUGGCCUCUCAAAGCAAAGAGGGUAGCACUUAUGAAGGUAAAACUGUCGAGUUUUUUGCUCACAAUAAUGGUAAACACAAUGCCACCCCAGCAAAUAGAAACAAUAAAACAAAUUCCACUCCAAGAAAAUCACCAUACCCAUCACCCUCACCAAACCAAUCAAAUACAACAUCAUCAAAUCUAUCCUCUUCACCAAAUCAAAUAAUUCCUUUAGGAAAUUUAAAAAAUUUAAAAGAAAACAAUAAUAUGAACAAUAAUAAUAUGAAUAAUAAUAUUAAUACCACCGUUAAAAAGAAAUCAACAAACUCUUCAUCAAACCCUUCAAGAAACUCCACAAACACAACAAACAAUAUAAAGAAUGGUAUUAAUAAAAAGAAUAAAAGUAUAGAAAAAAAAGAUGAUAAUUAUAAUUCAGGAAAUCAAAACGGAAACCAAAACUAUAAUUUAAAUAACUAUCACCAAAACAAUAAUUUAAAUCAAAAUAAUUUUAAUAUGAAUAGUAAUAAUAAUAGUAAUAAUAGUAAUAUCUAUAAUAACCUAAACUACAAUAAUAACUCGAGCAUACCAUCCCCAAAUAUACCUCUACCUCCAAUUCCUAACCAUAUGUCCUCAUCAAUGGAUCAAUAUCAAAAUUCUCCCAUUUGGGCUCACGGAUUCCAACCAUCUCACAUGGAUGGGAUGUCACAACACCAACAAUACUAUCACGAUUCACCCAGUCAAAUAAUACCUGCACAUCCCCAUCAACUUUAUUUACCUCACCAUCAUUUACAACCAUUACAUCACCACCAUCAUCAUCAUCAUCAACCACUACAACAAAUUCACCAUAACCAAACUUAUAACGGUAGCCACAAUAAUGAUAACGAUUCUUAAAUAACUAAAUAAUGAUAAAAAAGAAUCGAUUUAAAUUUGAUUUCAAAUGUUAACAAUAAUUUAAAAUAGUCAACAUCUCUUUAAACAAAACAGUAUAAUAGUCAUAAUCAUCAUAAUAAACCAAAAU